AUGGCAUCUGCUCCAAGCAUCUCGGCUGCCGCUGCUGGUCUGUGGGACAAGGCUCUAGAAUCACUACCUCCCGAUGUGAGAAAGGGCCUGGAAACAGUGAAGACGCCGAAGCGUCAAAUUCUGGAAGUUGUCCUGCAAGAAGUCGAGACACAAAAAACACUGGUUUUCAACAAAAGACUGAAGUUCAAGAAACCGAACGGGAGCGAGGUGAUUGUGAGAGAUUUGCUGGAGAAGAUCGUCGGCUGGGUUCAUCGCUUCAAGGAAGUUGGCGACACGAUCGUGCAAUAUGAUCCCGCCCACGCCGCGCUGCCGUGGGCGGCUGUUCGAUUUCUACUUCAGACAUCUAUCUCCGAGAUUGAAACAUUCAAAGCUCUCGUUGACGAUUUGGAAGACAUUACCCGAAUGAUGGCUCGUUACCGCAUCUUUGAGAACUUGUACCUGCGAGGGACGUCGUUGGAGACCGAACAAGGUUUGGAAGCAGCUUUGGUUCGUCUCUAUGCAGAGAUUCUCACUCGGCUCAGCUAUGCUAUCAAGCUCUUGCAAGAGAGAACACGUGUUCGAGUGGUGCUCAGCCCCUUCCGCUCAGCUGACCCGGACCGCGCGAAGAUGAUGGCCAAUCUGGAAGCCGAAAUCAAUAACUACGCCCGAUUAUCAGACACGGAAACCUUGCGAGAUAUGGAAAAGGCCUUCGUGAGGCUCUCAACGCAGACGCUCCAAUCGAUAUCAAAAGAGAAGUUCACCGACAUCUACGAAUGGCUAUCGGUAGCGCCUUACAGCAACCACCACAGAUUCGUCGUGGAUCUGCGGUUACCUGGAGCUGCACCACUUGGCUACUUCUACUGCUCGACGUUGGAAUCGGAAAUGCAACGCCAGUCCUCUGACGACGUCAUGAGAACUAUUCUCUACCAACUUGCGGUCAACACGACACUUCCCACGAAAAUGAGAGAGUUCCUUUGCUCAGAGUAUGAACGGCAAGCCCAUAGAUCAACGACCGGAAAGGCUGGAAUGUUCAAGCUCAGAACUGCAGACUGCGUGCGACUCAUCUUGGAGCUGGCUACCCAGGAUCCCAUCACGAUCAUUGUCGACAGUUUAGACAGCAUCGUGGAGAGGGAACGUCCUGGUUUUAUCCUUGCGCUUAGGGAGAUCGUCGCGAAAGCGGAUAACGUCGUGAAGAUAUUCGUCACGAGCCGGUCUUCACGUGCAGCGAUGAUGCCCCAAGCUGAGCAUGAAGUCCAGAUUUCAAGUCAGGAAACCCGAACAGACAUGGAGGCAUAUGUCAACCACUUGAUCGAUACCGCUGUUGCGAAGAAAUUGUUACUGAAUGGAAACCUUCCGCCACAAACAGGCAGCGAACUGAGGCGAGCGGUUAUGGAAGGAGCCGGUGAGAUGUUUCUAUGGGCCAAGCUGCAAGUUGAUCGCAUUUGCCGAGAACACGUUGAAGCCGAUGUUCUCGCAGCCCUUAAAAACAAGGUUCCUCAAGACAUCGACCAGUUAUACAAGGAAUCUCUGAACCACAUUGACUUAAUGGGAGAUACAGGCCAAGGUAUCGCGGUCAAAGUCAUAUCUUGGCUCCUCUACAUGAGAGAGCCCCUGACACCAGCAGCGCUCUUGGCAACCCUCGCUGAAGCAAACCAUCCGACACCCGAGUUGACUCAGGUAAUUGCCAUAUGUGCAAACCUGGUUGUUCUCGACACCACCUGCAAUAUCAUGCGAUUCAUACAUCAAUCGGUUCAAGAGUUCUUGAGUAGUCAGCCACGCUACGCUGCUGGGACAGCUCACACUCUUCUGGCGUCCGCUUGCCUCGAUGCAUGCUCUCGUGGACCAACAGCAGUGUUUGACGACACGUUGAGAAUCCCAAAUGACGAUUUCUAUAUCUACGCCGCGAUAUACUGGCCGGUGCACUUGCAGAUGGCGCGAAGCUUGUGCCAGGAUAAUGUGGCUCUCGAGAAGUUGAUGAGCGGCGUGAGAUCGUUCAUCUUCGAAGACGAUUGGGAAGUCAAUUUCUCGUUCGAGUCUUGGCAUAGCGAUGUGCAGGACCUGGUUCCGCAUCUCACGCGGGACCAUGCCAUGAUGCCACUUCUGGACGCGAUUCCAAGCACCGACGGCUUCUUGUUCUUGUUCGCCAUGUUUGGUUUUGAGGAGAUGCUUGAGUCUGUUUUGGCCUCUAUCGACGGCAUUGACGUCAAUCAAAGUAACAAGCACAGCCACACUCCUGUUUAUCUUGCGGCGAGAUAUGGGCACUUAACAACGAUGUUAAAGCUUGUCGGUCAUGGCGCCAAUGUCAAUGUUAAUGGUGGAAAAUUCGGAAGUCCACUCCACGCCGCUUGUUUCGAGGGGCACAUGAGUAUCGUUGAGGAUCUUCUGCGUCAUAAUGCAGAUGUCUCAUGUGGCACUGUGUACAAGAACGCACUGGAGGCUGCUUUCUUAGGAGGGAAAGAAGACGUAGUGCUCCGUCUUUUAGACACUGAGUCCAUGAUCCAGAGCGAAGCUGAUCAUGAAGAAGCAAUGGGACACGCUGCCCGCUCGGGGUUUGCCAGGGUCAUCCAGCAGCUCCAGCAGCCUCGUUUCGCACCCUUUUCCCAUCCCACUGAGGACAAGAUGAGGAAAAGGGUACGCAGCCUCAUCAAAAGUGGUAACCUCACGGCAGUUCGUCGCUUCCUUGACCAAAACCUCUCUCAACGAGGCCUUCCUCCAGAUUGUAUUGCAGUUGCAGUAGAAGGAGGCCACGAAGACCUAAUCACGUUCCUGCUCACGAAAGGAGCUGACAUUGAAGGGGAGGGGGUUUAUGGAAGUCCCCUGAGGACAGCUUCCUUGCUCAACUACAACCGGCUGGCUCAGUUACUCUUGGGUCGCGGGGCCAACGUCAACGCCCUUGGCCGUCAUGGUGAUGCGCUUCAGACUGCAUCCUGGAAAGGGCAUAUCGCCAUAAUGGAACUUCUCAUUGGCAAUGGAGCGAAUGUCAACCAAAAGAGUGGCUUCUGGGGCACGUCGCUGCAAGCAGCGGCUUAUCAUGGUCAGUUGAGGGCUGUGCAACUGCUAAUCGCAUCAAACGCGGACGUCCAUGAAAAGGGAUACUCUCGCGACGCGUUUCAUGCCGCUGCCGAAGGGGGCCAUGAAGAUGUCGUCAUCUUGAUGCUACAGAAAGGCUACGCGCCUUACAGGCAUAUGGGCCUCGUCCAGUGCAGCGUUCCCAAAGCAUUAGCAAGCGAAAAGCUCCUCAGAGAUGCAUUUCCAGAGCGGUACGCAUCUCCAGACGGACAGUCACUCGCCGAUGACUUUGGGAGGGUAAAUGCCGAACAAACAAGCUCAGUCACAGAACGUACCACGGUGAACGAUGUGGUUCCUGAAGAUCAGCGCAGCUUUGAUGUCAGCGGCACAACAUGUCUCCCAGUUCUGGGAUACCGGUCUCGAGGGUAUACGGGCGAGCAGAGCUUUCCCGUCGAGGCUGCUGCCUCUGCUGGUCGUCAGGAGGUCGUAAAAACCCUCGUAAAACAUCACAAGGCUUUGGGAAUUUCCCCUACCAGCAUGGUCGAAGCUAUCAAGGAAGCUGCGAAGAUUGGCCACGUGCCAAUUAUUGGUGUUCUUUUCGAUCAUUUGCAGAGCCGACAACCCGCGAAACCGUUGAUAGAGGCUAUGCUCGUGGCAGCGAAAAAGAACCAACAACGCGAAGUCAUGGAGUACGCCGUUCAGCUUGCUGAGAAACAUUGCGCGGCCGAAGAAUGUGUCCGGAUGAAAGCAUUUGCAACAGCUACAGCCGCAAGAUACCGGAACUCAAAGCGUGGCAGACGAAGGCUCUUCUCAGACUUUAUGACCAGUUGCAGAACGGGCAACUCCCAGCUUACGACCCAGAUACUGGCAACGGAACAUCAUGUGAUGCUCUCUGAAGCUCGCAUUAAGCGUGGGCUUCGUCUCUGCGCUGUGCAUGGUCACCACGAGCUUAUGCAGCUGCUCCUUCAUUCACCCUCCCUUCGAAAUCGAAGACCCUCAACUGGCGAGGAGAUGUUUGUUGCAGCUGCAGCGAGCGGUCACUUGGAAAUUAUGAAGUUGCUCAUGACUUUCUGGCCGGCACUGGCAGAUUCAACCGACUCCAUUCCGCUCAAACGCGCCUUGGUAUUGGCCAGCGAACAAGGCCGUAUCAGCGCUGUGCGGUAUCUCGUGGUAGACCUCCAGGCCGACGUCAAUCUUUGCUCCUCUGACGAAGGCCAAAAUAUGGUGUCUAGCUCAAGGUCAUGUGACAGCGACUCUUCCGAAUUGAAUGUCGAGCUGGACGACUCGGGAAACGAGCUGUCUGAUUCUGAAUCAGAUGUUCCCCCCGUUCGCCGGAUUCCCCGGCAUUACAUGCAUUAUGGCCGAAGAGCACAACGUAGACCGGCUGCGCUAUUCAUAUCCCCCCUUCAGGCUUCAUUACGUGGCUUUGCCAGACUCAACCCUUCGACACGAUACCUAUACACAUCGAGAGAUCAGUCGGGGCAAGCCGACCAGGAGCAGCAAGUCGAGGUCACCGAACUCCUCCUCGAACAUGGUUCUGAUCCCAAUGACCUAGGCGGUCAAAGCUUGUUUCCGAUACAGUAUGCUGCAAAACACUGCCCAAACUCUCUUAUCGGCAGUCUCAUUAGAUCCGGAGCAGACCUGAACAAGGUCAGCAAUGCCGACGACCAUUCGAAAGCCCUCUCUUCAGACAAACAUACUUAUGUUGUGACUACCAAGUUCGAUAGCUCAUCAGGAUCUCCGGUGCAGACGGUAUCGCUGGUAGUCAAAGGUAUCUUGGAGUGGACGAAGCCUGCGGUUUUCAUUACAGCUGAACGGCCUUCAUCUUCCUUGUCGACGGUGCGGCAGCUACUAGAAGCCGGUGCCACUGUUCCUCAGGAUGUUGAACUCCAGCAUCGUCUGGUUGACAACGUCCUCAUGAAAUUCGAGGAAACGGUGCCCAGAUUGGAAAACGUUAGGUAUUAUAUGACGGAAGAUCGUGGCGAAAUCUCCCAACACGUCAGAUCUUGGAUAGACGACGCCUUUUCAGAGGGCUCUAUCGCAGCGUUACUCCACCUGAUGUCUCAAAUGCCGCAUGUUACAGCGAAAAGCGCGAGGUGGAACUUGGUGCUUCAGAUUGCGGCGUUUGUGAACAAGACUGACUUCAUUGAUCGGCUGUUAUCACUCGGCACCAACAUUAAUGCAACCGGAUACCAGUUUAAUACUGCGUUACAAGCGGCGGCAUCCCAAGGCCACGAAAAGUUGGUGUCGAAAUUACUGGACGCUGGUGCUGAGGUCAACUCGAUUGGGGGGGAAUACCACACAGCAUUGCGUGCAGCUGUCAGUGGAGGACACGAGAGCACAGUUCGGGUUCUUCUCGACCGUGGAGCAAGCUUGGAGCCAGAAAAGCCGCAACACAAAUCUAAGCUCAACAAAAAGACACUUUUGGGAUUGGGUGUACAAGUCGGGAGCUUGGCUAUUGUCAGAAUGCUCUUAGCCCGAGGAGCCAGUCCCAUGCUCGAAAAGUCCGACAGGUUCGAGCAUCCACAUCCACUGAUCGUUGCAGCAGAUAUGGGAUUCAUUGGCAUUGCAAAUGAGUUGAUCCUUGCUGGUGCACCAGUCAAUGUCAAGUUCUUGUCAUACGAGAGCCAUAGAAGCCUUCGUUCCACAGACAAGGAUUUUUACUAUGGAGGUUCCUUCAUGGACGAGUACAGCUUUACGGAUGCGAGCCCCCUUCAUGCAGCUAGCGCACGCGGUAACUUGGAAAUGGUCACGUUGUUGCUUUCUAAUGGUGCCGCGGUGGAGGGACCUGAUGACAGCUGGAAAUCCCCUCUCACGAUUGCAGCAUCAAAAGGGAACGCUGACGUAGUCGGUCAUUUGAUCGAGGCCGGCGCAAGAUGUGAAAGCAACUCAGGUUUGAUGAGAGCUGUCAGAAAAGGAUACGCUGGAACUGUCAAAAAGUUGUUGUCCGCCGAGGCACACGUUGAGGGCGUGCUGGCAGCGGCAUGCCAGCAUGAGAACCUAGAGGUGGUUGAGCUUCUUCUGUGUGAGAUCAUGGCAAGAGACGAUCCCGAUCCCAUCAUCGACGAAGCCUUUGUUGUUAACAACCUGGAUGGAUCAGUACUUCAGCUUCUGUUGAGCUACGCUCCCAUGACGGCAUUCCGCUUCGUUCGAGUGUGCGCUUCUGGCCCAGUACACCUGGUAGAGCACAUUCUGGACCAGGGACUUGUCGACGCGAACCAGAUAGCGGGUGAAACCGGCAGCCAGGCUCUUCACGCUGCAGCGGUGCAGUUGCAGUCUGAAGUAGUCCAGCUACUUGUCUCACGGGGAGCCAAUAUCGACGGCACAGCCGGUCACGGCGACUCGCCGUUGGUAUCUGCACUUGAAGCCUGUGCCGGCUUGACAUUAACGAUGAGAGGCAUGACAGGCGACCCGAAGCUUUGGAAACUAGCGGAGAAAGUACGGAAGGUGGCACUUGACACAUCGGAGCUGAGGGACCAGUCGCACCUUGGCCGAAGGAAGCCUGCUUCUGCCACCAGCUUCUUGAGACUUUCGAACUGCGAAAGGAUUGUUCGAAGUCUGCUGAGCAAAGGCGCGAAUGUUGACUUGGAAGGCGAUUGUCUUGGAUCACCUCUACACAUUGCCUGUCUGAUUGGCAGUCGGUCCCUGGUCGAGUUACUCUGGGAUCAUGGAGCUGAUUUCGACGCGACAGGGGGAUUCUUUGACAAGCCAAUCUUUGCUGCCAUCCACAGCAGGAACAUGGACUUGUUAUCUUUCUGCUUGAACCACACUCAGCCAUCAACGAUUCAACAUUCACAUCCUGAACUAGGGACGCCUUUGCACUAUGCUUGCAAGAUACACGAGGGAUCAAUGGUCCGGCUACUUCUCAGACACGGCGCAUAUCCAAGUGCGAGGGAUUCCCAAGGCCAAACGCCACUGGCAACUGCACUUUACAACACACGCCAUCCAAGCUUUACGCCUAGGAACGGCAAAGAAGAUCCUUUGAGCGUUUUCAUGGAGAUGAUUGACUCUCUCCACAUCUCCGACGAUGACCUUGUGGCAGCAGCUACGGCUAAGGUUGAUACGACGCGGCUUCAGCCAUUGCUCUCGCGCAAGUGGAGCAAUAGCAUACCUGAAAAGAUCAUUUGCGAUGUCCUGAGUCACGAAAAUGCGAAUCCGGAUGUAAUCAAGUUCCUCAUGGAGAAUAAUGGCGGCAUAGGCGCCACCGCCAACAUCCUUCAGGCCGUAACAGACGAACGCCAACUCGAGAUAUUGCUUGAGUUCAGGCCUGUCGGCAGGAUAAGCUCAACUACUCUUGCAUCGCAAAAGAGUUUCAAGUGUAUAAGUCGGCUGUUGGAAGCCGAUCCAGAGGUUUCAAUUCCCCGCGACGUCAUUUUCCGGGCGCUACGUCCAAACCAGUAUGAUUCGAAGGAAAGAGGUUUACUCAAAGUCCUCUUUGAACGGAGCCCACAAAUACAAGUCACCCAGGAUAUGCUGGAGGCAGUACGUCAUGUCGAGCACAUGAAGAUUCUCCUAGAUCGGAUGGAUAAGGGUACGGAAAUCUCAAGUGGAGUAGUAGAUGCCAUUUCUCGUCUGGAUUCUGAGGAGUCCUACGGCAUCAUACAACGCUUGCUGAAAUUUGACCCCAGCAUUCAUGUGAGUCAGAAGAUGGCGUCUCGGAUGGUCACGGAAUCGAGAGAAGUGUCUGUCUUGGAGCUGCUGUUGGAACACAAUCCUGCCGUGGAGAUCACACCCAAGAUGUUUCUUGCCGUGUUGGAUGACGAUUGCUCCGGUGCCGACUCAGCGCUGGUCGAUCUCAUGACAAAGUACGAUAAACGAGUGGUAUCCACACGGAAGGUUCGUCAAGCAGUUGCCGACUCAACAGAUGAGCGCCUCGCCGGGUUGACGGUUGCUGAUGAGCAGGAGGACAUGGAAGAUUCGGAGGAUUCGGAGGAUUCUUGUGACGAUUGA